AUGGCGGCGCGCUGGUGCUGCCGCGAGCUGCUGCGACCCUGCGCCGCCGCUGGCGGCCGCCGGCCGCUGGCCGCGCUGGCGGCGCCGCGCGGCGCUGCGGCGGGGCCUGCCGGCCUUGCCGGCACCGCGGGCGCCGCGGGCAGCUGCCGGCCGGUGGCCUCGAUGUCGAUGCCCUGCCUGGCGCCGAAGAAGGCCGCCAAGGGCAAGGCGGCGCCAGGCGGCGCCACGGCUGGCCCUGCGGCCAGCGGGCCCGAGGGCUUCACGCAGCUGUUCAACAUCUACGCGGGCAGGCCCGACGAGGAGAUCAAGCCCGACGACUGGUAUCCGAAGUGGCUCUGGGAGCUGGAGACAAGCCGCCCAAGAUGUAUGGGGAACUGGCGAUGA